AUGAAUUCUCAAGAUGCAAAUAUUAAUCUAUGCAUUAUAAAAAACGAUGAAAGUAAGAAGGGUGUUUUAAAGAUGCAGCACAAUAACGGAAAUGUUUCUCUUUCGUUUUUCAAAGAGCUUGAAUCAGAUAAUAAAGGAAAUACUCGCCAACAAAAGAGAUUUUCACAAAUUCCAGAUCACGUUCAUCAACUUAGUGAUUUCACAAAGAUAGAAAUGGAUCAAGACGAUCAAUUAAUCUUAAUUUUAUCAGGAUCUCGCUGUCAAUUUAAAUUACUCUUCGAUAAACAAGCAGGUAUUAGCAACUUCUUCGAUUACAUUUGCCAGAAAGUUUGCUUAAAGCAUUCUGAUUGCAAUCCACGUGUUUUCUUAAUAGAAUCUUUAGAUUCAUCAACAACAUCGAUUGCACCAUUUAUGGCAACUGUUUUACCAGGUCGUGGCUCAAAGGUCACGCCAAACCGCAUUUCAUUGGCAAAAAUCAAGGAAUCUUACCCGAUGGUCAAUUUCACAAUAGAUAACGAUGUCAAGAAGAUGACAGCCGAACAAUACCGCGAAUUAUUCGAUGCCGAUGGCAAAAUUAAGGAAGGGGUUGGUUUUCCAAGCGUAUUUUACAAUGUUGAUGUCGAUCCUUCUGUUGCUGGCGAUCUUUGGAAGAUUAUCAUCAACAAGGAUUCAGAGAAGAAGAAUUCUCAAGAAAGAGCCGAAGACGACAAAAAGAAUCUCGAAAUUUAUUCAAAAAUCAAACGUCAAUGGCUUUUAACAUCAAGAAAGCAAUGGGAUAAUCAUACCGAUUUACGCUCUCUCGUUGAUGCCCUUGAAAAAGGCAUCAAAGCCCAAGUAGAUCUUUUCAAAGGAUAUGAACACGUAAAAGAGGCCCAAACCAUCGCAUUCAAUGUAUUACUUACGAUUUCAUACUACAACCGGGACCAUGCACUCUAUUGCGAUGGUCUUAUCCCAUUCCUUAUGCCAUUCUUGGAACCAUUUGUAAAAGAUGCCCACGACAACGUCGUUGUUACUCACGAUGGCAAGGAAGUACCAGUGGAAGAGGCAGAGAGUAAUAUCUUCUGGUGUUUCUUCAAAUUCUACGAUAAUAAUAAAUUAUAUGACUUAAUUAAGCCUUCCAAGACACCAACGAUCAAAACUAUAUUCACCAAUGUUGGCAACUUAUUAUUCGAUAAUUACAAUCCACUUCUUGAGCUUCUUAUCCAGAAGCACGCAUUUUCAUUAGAUUUCUUACGCGAUGACUGCAACGCAAUGUUUUCAACAUGCUUGAACCCGUGCGAGCUUAGACGCUUCUGGAUGUCAUUGCUAACUUAUCCUGCUCCCUUCAAAUUUUAUGAAGUUUUCAUUAUCUCUUUGUUGUUCUCUCUUUCUCCAAGUUUCGUUGAGAUGAAUCCACUGAAUAGCGAGGAAUUCGUGCACAGAUUCCACGAUUUGAAGAAAUCUCUCAACUUGAAUAUGCUCCUCGAUAACUCUUUCCGCUUAAUGAAUCAAUUGUACCCACAGCAACAAUAA